AUGUUCCUCACGAAAUUUGCCUUUUCUUUAAUUUUUUUUAUUUCAUGUGUUUUAAUCAAUUGUAACUGCAAAAGUUGUGAUGAUCAAGGAGCCUUGUCUGGCAGAAGUCCAUCAAUUACUUGCAAAUAUGAAGAUUUUACAUUAGUCACCUCAACUGGCGAUUCGUAUGGACUCAUAUUUAACAAAACUUUCUCCACAUUUGAAGAAGCUAUGGAGAAUUGCCUUCAAGUAAAGAUCAGUGCUGAAAGAGAAAAUUAUACUAUUAAAAGAACUUUCAUCGAAUAUAAGUGUAGAGGGAAUAAUUUUGGUGCUUUAGAUGCAACAGAUGCUCUACGUAAGUAAAUAGCUCUGUAACAAAAUUAAUAUGUAAUUAUGGUUUCAUAACAAAGUGUAACUUUUCAAAUUUU